AUGAAUGGUCGACGAUAUUCCUCAUUUGCGCCAAAGCCAAAGCCUUUUCGGCUAUUUGCACUUCCAGAUCUUCCGCUGAUAAGAAUUCUGAAAGAUAUGGAUAUAAUAGACUUAGCUCUAUGCAGUCAUAAAAGCCGGCGUGCCAUCAAAUCUCUACGAAUCAAAGUUGACACAUUUACAGUGAACGACAGUUCUAGAAACCGAGGGUUCGAGCUGUCAAUCCCACCUAAUAUAUACAUAAAAUGGAGUUUCGAUGAUGUACUUGAACACAAACAAGACUGUGGACAGUUUACAGCAAAAUACACUCUAAAUGACAUUGAUUUUCCAACGCGCAUCAGAAGAAACGAGGAGAAUGAAAAUGAGAUAACAAAAUGCACACUCUACAACUCCACAAAACCAGAAGAGACGCCAUUACAAGAGGUUUUCGAAUUGGCACCAAGAAGAGCCAAAGGAAAAAGUUAUUACGUUCGGAAGUUUGUACCCACCCCACAAGCGUUUCCUGGAUUCCGAUUGCCGCCUACCUGGAGUCAGAACGUUUCUGGAGACUAUGAAACUGCUAUGGAUAUCUUCAUCCCACUUGUAAAAUAUCUGUUCAAUAUGGAGCCUAACGGAUAUUGCAUGGAAUUUAAAUGGGAUAAGGACUUUGAUGCGUUUUUUUAUCCAAAUGUGGUACAAAGACAGUUGAAAAUCUUUGAAUUGGCAGCGGGCCAAUACUCAUUUUCGGAUGUAUAUUUUAUGAGAUCGGCGCUACAGUUUGUACCAGAGAACACAAAAUUGACACUAGCAGGACCAUUCAACGCUUUGCAUUUGAAAUGGGAGCAGCCGCUCAAGCAAAAGUACAUGGAAUUUCAAUGCGGAGUACCAUGGUUGACACUUGAACUGCUUCUUAAUUCCAACUUCAAACAACUAAAAGUUCACUCUGAGUAUCAUAAAAUAUCAGCAGAGGAUAUUCAGAUGUUCAUCCAAAAUUGGAUGAAUAGAAGUGACAAAGAACUCGAGUGUCUUGAUAUUAACGUGUUUAAUGUCCCGGAUAUUCAUAGAAAAAUUUAUGGAAUGCUGCCUUCGAUGAAUUACAACAAAAAAAGAAAAUUGGAAGACUUCAAGAGGAAUAAGUCCACUUCAAUAAUUCAAGAAAACACUGCAUACAAUUCUUCAUUGAUGCGAGAUAUAAAGAGAAAAGAUGGACUCGAGGCUACUAUCUUUAUAAGUAAUGUGCAUGCUUAUCAGAGAAGAAGAGUUGUUUUUCAUGUUUGGCAUUUGAAAUAA